AUGAUGACCCCACAUUCGGCUGAUUCUCGCAUCCUUCUCGAUCGUCUCUCUCACGUCCGUUAUGGCCACCCCGACAUUCAGAAAGCAAAGGAGUUCUAUACCGACUUCGGUUUGAUACCUGUGCGGGAAACCGAGGAUAAGGUCUACCUACGAGGAUUCGGAAUUGAUCAGUUUUGCUACGUUGCCGAAAAGACGAACGACGGAAUGAGGAAGUUCAGGGGAGGCGCUUGGAUUGUGCAGUCCAUGGCUGAGCUAGAGAAGGCGGCGAAGCUCCCCGGAUCUACCCCGAUCACCGACUAUGAUGCUCCAGGUGGAGGGAAAGUCGUCAUUGUCAAGGAUCUCCUAGGAGAGCCAAUCACUUUGAUCUACGGCCAAGAAGACCGCGUCCCCGAGCCUAGAGAGGUUCCCAAGCCAGUUAUGUGGAAUACCUGGGAGGACAAGAAGAGGCUCGGUGAGUUCCAGCGACCAGAUCGAGACCAACCAUCGAAAGUACACAAGCUCGGUCAUUACGGGUUCGAAGUCAACAUCGAUCGUCUGCACGAGGUCUUUGACUGGUAUAGCAAGGUUUUCAAUUUCAAAAAGACCGAUUGCCUUUACCACCCCCAGAAUAAUAAGACAAUCAUGAUCUUCAUUCAUCUCGACAAGGGCAAGGAGUUCGUCGAUCAUCAUAACAUCUUCAUCGCUGGUUCGCCCGAGGUUACCGACGGAAUCAAGGCUCAUCAUAGCAGCUGGGAGAUAGAUGAUGUUGACAGCCAAGUAGUUGGCCACCACUACUUGAUCCGCAAGGGACAUAUCAACGUUUUCGGCGUGGGAAGACAUGUCCUCGGCAGCCAGAUCUUUGAUUACUGGUUUGAUCCCUCUGGAUUUGUUGUCGAGCAUUACGUCGACGGCGACCUCGUGAACGAAGACUCUCCAAAUGCCAAUGAGCCAGCUGUUGCUGCUACAGUCUCCAGCUGGGGACCGGAUAUUCCUCGUGCCUUUUUCACGAAGAGAUACGAAGAUCUACCGGGACUCAAGGAUUUCCCUACCAUGCCGAUUGAGGCAUAG